CCAUGCAAUAUCGCUCUCCCUCUUCUCUUCCGUUCGACAAAUAUCCCUUAUUCUUGGUUUGAUCUUUGGGGCUUCAAAAAUUCAGUUUUCUCGGGAAAAUGAAGGGAGAUCUGGGAAAUCCUUUGCAUCUUACUUCAUUGAAUCACAUCUCACUUGUGUGCAAAUCAGUUCCCGAGUCCAUUGAUUUCUAUCAGAAUACUCUCGGAUUCGUGCCUAUCAGGAGGCCUGGAUCGUUCGAUUUUGAUGGAGCCUGGUUAUUCAGCUAUGGAUUGGGAAUACAUCUUCUGCAGUCAGAAGAUCCAGAAAACAUGCCUAAGAAAACGGAAAUCAAUCCCAAGGAUAAUCAUAUUUCUUUUCAGUGUGAGAGCAUAGAUGCGGUGGAGAAGAAUCUCAAGGAAAUGGAAAUUCAUUACGUGAGGAAAAAGGUGACCGAAGGCGGAUUCGAAGUUGAUCAGCUCUUCUUCCACGACCCAGAUGGUUUCAUGAUUGAGAUAUGCAACUGUGACAACAUUCCGAUCGUCCCUCUGGACAUCUGUUCAUGCUCUCGGGUGAAUCUCCAGAUGAUGCAGCCGCAACAGAUCAAAGUGGUGCGGCCAUGAAUAUCAUCCUCGUCCUCCUUGGCGUCGUAGUCUCUUCAUCAUCAUGAGCAGCAGAUGAAAGCAAGCACGCACUAGGUGAAGUCUCAAAUUGCAAAUAAAAUAAAGUAGCAGCAGUAGGCAUUAGGUAUAGUGCCGUAUCUAAAUAAAACAGCACUGAGACUUUAGUUUGUUUUGUUUGUUUGUUGUGUGUGUGGACGCUUUUUUUCCCUUUCUUAUUUUUGAAGUAUUGUAAUGCCAAGUUCUGGACAUUCUCCUCAUUGAAUUCAAUGGCUAUGUUUGCUUUGAGAUGCA